GGCGCGCUCCCGCCACCCGCGCGCGCCGCUCCGUCUCUGCUCCGGCCGAGCGGGGGAGGCGGCGGCUCCGGCUCCGCUCCCGAUCCCGGUCCCGCUCCGGAUCCCGGUCCCGUAUCGCGGGGCGGCUCGAUUGUGAGGACGAGCUGCUGCAUCAAUAAUCUGAAGAAGGGAGUUCUCUGUUAAGACUGCAAGAAGAUACUACUAACUGACUGGAGGCCAAGAACAGAGUGCAGCACUGGCUGUAGGUACCUUAACAUGGGGAACCUUCUAAAAGUUUUGACAUGCACAGACCUUGAGCAAGGGCCAAAUUUUUUCCUUGAUUUUGAAAAUGCCCAACCUACAGAAUCUGAAAAGGAAAUUUAUAAUCAGGUGAAUGUAGUGUUAAAGGAUGCAGAAGGAAUACUGGAAGACUUGCAGUCAUAUAGAGGAGCUGGCCAUGAAAUACGAGAGGCAAUACAGCAUCCAAAUGAUGAGAAGCUGCAAGAGAAGGCAUGGGGUGCAGUUGUUCCACUAGUAGGCAAACUAAAGAAAUUCUAUGAAUUUUCUCAAAGACUAGAGGCCGGGCUGCGGGGCCUGCUGGGCGCCCUGACCAGCACUCCGUACUCCCCAACGCAGCACCUGGAGCGAGAGCAGGCUCUUGCCAAGCAGUUUGCAGAAAUUCUUCACUUCACACUCCGAUUUGAUGAGCUCAAGAUGACAAAUCCUGCUAUACAGAAUGACUUCAGCUACUAUAGAAGAACUCUGAGCCGUAUGAGGAUUAACAAUGUCCCAGCAGAGGGAGAAAAUGAAGUAAAUAAUGAGUUGGCAAACAGAAUGUCUUUAUUUUACGCUGAAGCAACGCCAAUGUUGAAAACCUUAAGUGAUGCCACAACAAAGUUUGUGUCAGAGAAUAAAAAUUUACCGAUAGAGAACACAACAGAUUGUUUAAGCACCAUGGCCAGUGUGUGCAGGGUCAUGCUGGAAACCCCUGAAUAUAGAAGCAGGUUUACAAAUGAGGAAACAGUAUCAUUCUGUCUGAGGGUAAUGGUGGGUGUCAUCAUACUCUAUGAUCACGUGCAUCCGGUGGGCGCUUUUGCCAAAACUUCAAAAAUUGAUAUGAAAGGAUGCAUCAAAGUUCUUAAAGACCAGCCUCCUAACAGUGUAGAAGGCCUUCUAAAUGCUCUCAGGUACACAACAAAGCAUUUGAAUGAUGAGACUACCUCCAAGCAAAUUAAAUCCAUGUUGCAAUAACAAUUACCUGGAAUUCGCACCUGCUGUAGACAGUAUUCUGCAAUGACUGAGAUGCACAGAUUUUUUUUUUUAGUGAUUGCAACUACUAUCUCGUUCAUUCUUGCUUUUUAUUUUCUCUCUUCCUGUUUACUCUUUUUUUUAAUCACUUCCUUGUACCUAAGUAAGCUCAGACUUCUUUUCUGUGCCAAAUCAAUGAAAUUAUCAAUUCUGGAAAGUAUUUCUACUUUUCAGAAUAGCCAUCCUAAGUGGCAGCUAAUUAUGCGUUGCAUUUGGAUUUCUCUGUACUGGGGAAAGAUUUGUGACUUGAACUAAAUAUUUUUAAACUUGUGGUUUUUUUCUUUUUUUGAAAAACUAAUAUUUAAUAUUGCUUCUUCUGCAUGGCAAGACUGCCUACUUCUGCUAUUUAAAAAUCCCUUGAUGACUUCAUUUUCUAUUGCAGCUUAUUUUCAUGUGCAACCAUGAGGAAACUAAAAGCAGAUUUGUUUAAAUUAACUGUGUUUGUACAAAAUGGUACCCAACACAAAAGUUUUUUUAAAUGAGUAAAAACUGUUUUGUUUAAAAGUUACGUUUGCAUUUUGACUCAUUUUUGUAAGGAUGUAUGUUGUAUGUUUAACCUUUAAUAACUAACGUUAAACUGUGGUGUGUGCGUAGCAAAAUUACGUAUGCAUGUUCAUGUCAAAUGAUUGGCUGUGGAUAAGAUAAUAAAAUCAGCUUUCAUUUUUCUAA